UUACAAGUUAUUUGCCGGUUGUCGGUAUUACGUCUAUGUACCGAUAUUGAAUAUCACCGCAUUGUGACAAGUGUGUUUUUACUCUGAAAUAUUGUUCAACUAUAUUAGCAGUGCUGAACCAUUCAAGGGACUUGGAAUAAAGUGAAUUAAUCGGACUUUUCGUUGGAUCUUGGGUGAAACCUCGUUUAAUUUGCUUAAUGCUGUUGAUUAGUCGAUUCAAUAUGGAAGGUCCUAGAUCCGUUCUUGCGAUCAUGGAGGUCCUCACUGAAAAAGUCAACCGUGGAUCGUUCAAGCUAUGGCCCCACUCACUUCAUCUCAGUUGUUGAUGCUGAGCGUGCCAGCCGUCGCCGUUCUACUCAAUUAUUUGUGGUUCAAAAGGAGGAGAAUUGGAGCACCAAGUGACCCUGGUGACAAGGAAACGCCUAAAACUGACGCUUCCGUUGAGACUGUGAGAAAUUCAUCUGUACCUCUAGACAUUGAAUCGAAAUCGUCGCAAAGCAAGUGCAUUUCGAAUAACGCUAAAGAGUCAUCGUCAGCUCCCUUCCAGAAGAUCUCCCAAGAACUGUCUUGCGUCGAGGAUAGCCCGAAUAGAGGCUUCAGUCGCUCGUUUUCGGCGCCAAUUCCGAUAGUUUUGCCAAAAGAACUACGUCUGACCAGAACUUUGAACAUUUCUGACGAAGAGUUGGAUCAACAAAUCGAAAAACUUAAAUCGUCUGUGAAAAAGACCGAUCCCUUUGAGCUUAUAAACUUGGGAAAAAGCUCAGGUAGCACUUCUCCCUCCCAGAAGUCGAACGGCCAGAAUUCUAUUCUACCAAGUAAUCAUCUGAAUACCCCAGAAAUUAUAAAAGUUCGUGACACAGACGGUACACCUACCAAAGUCUCUAACCAGAGUCUAGAAGUAGUCGUUUGUGAGAAUAUUGUUGAAGGAAUUGACAAAAAUAUCUCAAAUUCUCCCUGUGUAGAAGGAGAGGAAGAACUUACCCUUGAGCAAGAAGAUAAGGUUGACUGUUGCCAAGAGACUGGUGAAAAAAUUGUAGCCAACGAGGAAACCCAACUAGAUACUGAUCCUCUCUGCCAAGAAAUAUCUGCAGAAGACAUCCCAGAAGAAGAUAAAGAAUCUUGCAGAGAAAAUACUGAAGAACUCGUCCAAAUAGUUCAACAAGAAACAGUUCCUCCAUCUGAGAAAACAAUUCUUGAACAGGCUACUCCUUGUGAAGAAAUGACGUCCACUAGCAAUAAAGAAAUCUCCGAAGAUUCUCCUCACUCCCCGUGUAUAGAAAACAUGAAUUCUGUCGACAAUACAGAUUCAGUACAGCAAUCUCCUCCCACCUUAAUUCAAAAAGUUGAUGCAUUCGUUUGUUCUCGAAGCACUGAGGUAACAUCAUCUGUUGAAGAAUUAACUAUCGCUGAUAAUGUAGAUAAGACACUCCCGGUAGAAAGACAUUGUUCUGUUGAAGAAAAAACUAGCUCUACUGAAGAGAGACAUAGCUCUACAGAAGAAGGACCCGCUUCUGCAGAUCGAGUAUCUGGCACCGGCACAGGGGCAAUUCCUAAAAAGAUAAAGAAGAAGAAAUUCAAGAAACUUGAUUGUGAUUUGAAGGAUUUAGGAAAAAAAUUGAGGGAAAAAAAAGUACACCCCAAAAACGAAGUGCCAGAGAAAAGGAUAGAGGGGCAAAAGAGCAGGAGCGACAGUGGUUGCGAAAGAGAAGAGGCAAAUGCACACAGCAGUGGCAGACAAUCGGCUAAUGAGAGUCCUUCUGAUGCAAUGAUGGUUCCUAGUAGUUCACUCAGCAGUUUGAACGAGAGCGAGGGUUCCAAUGACAGUGGAAAAGGUUGCAGCGAUGUUAUAACCCCUCCACCACAAACAAAUGAACCCCCAGUAGAAAAUGUUCGAUCAUUUUAUGAAUUCUUAAUUAACAAGAGUCUAGUCGGUAAACUUAUUGGAAAACGAGGAUCUUUUGUUAAUUCAGUUUACACAAAAACAAAUGCUCAUCUUGUUGUGAAAGGUCACCCUUAUGAUGAUGAACAAAAGGUUUGCAUUGUGGAGGGAACGAAAGAAUCAAUUGCUAAAGCUAUGAGGAUGGUAAAACAAAGAUUUCCAAAAGAAAAACUAGAACCUUUCCUUCCACAAGAUCGUAUUCCCCCAUCUAUGAGAAUAGAUAAUUUCGUAAGUACUUUGACCUUACCUGGCGGAUUAAAUUUGGAGACACAUGUGUGUUCUGUGGUUACUCCAAAUCACCUCUUUCUUCAACAGCCUGGCCACCCUACAUACCCGAACUUUCUCUAUAUGCAUAAUCAGAUAAAUAUUCUGUACAGCAGUGAAGAUGUACCGCUUUUACCAAAACCUGUGGAGGAAAAUGUACUGUGUGUAGCCUUUGUUUUACAAUGUUGGACAAGGGUAGUGGUUAUAUCUGCAGACCAAGAAACUGAGACAGCCUACGUGAAAGGUCUGGAUUUCGGUGGAUAUUUCUAUGUACAUUUUAGUUGUAUGAAGCAAAUCCGACAAGACUUUUACCUAUUGCCCUUCCAAGCUGCCGAGUGUUUCUUAGCUAAUAUUGAGCCAGUUGAUGAUGAAUGGCCUGAGGAAGCAUUUUCAUUAGUCCGAAGUUUGACUAAUGGAUUUAUGGUGUACACACAUGUAGUUGCACUGACAGAUGAAAAUAUCCCUAUAGUUAAUUGUCAAGUACUCAUUGAUAUGAAGCCUAUUUGGAUAAAUAAAGAACUCGUGAAACGUGGCUAUGCCAGAUGGAUUGAAGAAAAACCAGCAUUGGAAACCAAUGAACUUCCUGCUGAGGGAUGUUGAUUAUAUCCAGCAAACUUGAGGAUGUCAAAUGUGAAAGGUAAUCUGAACAUACCGUUAACAGGUGAUACUAAAGUUUGAUUUGGUAAUUGAUCUCUACUCAAGUUUAGCUCAACUUUUAUCCAUCAACUGAACUGAAUUACAUCAGUUUCUCAUCAUUUUGUAUAAAGCUCUCGCUAAUAUUUGACUAUUCUUCGAUAUUAGGUUAAGAUAAUUGACUGAAAAGUUUAAUAAAAUGUUGUUGAUAAUUUUUAAAUGAUAUAUAGAUUUCUCGUUGCGUUGUUCUAUUUUUAUUUGAUUAUUGAGUAAACUUACAUUAAUUCAAUAUUUAAUAAUGUAAGAUAUCUUAGCUAAAUAACUAUUAAGGUCAUGUAGUCAUGGUUUUAAUUGUAUAUUGUGAUUUAGUGAUUAAUUUCAUCGUUACAUAAUGAGUCAUUUUAUAUUAAACUACGAUUUUUUUGUAUAUUGAGUUGAAGCAAUAUCAUGAGUUAGUUUUUUGAUGCUUGUGGCAAGUAUCGGUAGGUUUUACUACUAUUUAUUCCUUAUUUUAUCGUUUUGUCAAGUUCAACUGUAAAGUGAUGUUUGUAUAUUCUGAAUAAUUUGAAAUUAUUCCGCGUUUAAAUUCUCAGUUUUUCAAUCACUCCUUGUCUUAUGGAUGAGAGUGGAAAAAAGAGAAUAAGAAUGAUUUUUUAAGGAUUGACAAGGAAUAACAUAGACUUUCCUCACUCAGUUUGUGUGGUAUACAUAUGCUCAAAAAUAUUUGUGAAGCUUCUUUGUUUCAAAAAUCAAAUUUGAUGAUAUAGCUUAUGGAAAACUGCCAAAAAUAGAGUAUUUUUUCAAUUUUGAUAAUCGUGAUGAAAAAUGAGUAGUUGGUAACAAAGUGAUCUAGUUAAUCUCGACGACAAUUCAUUCCUUUUUAUGCCAUUUUUUGCAUCAACAAAUGAUGGUUUUCAACUUUAUUUAAUUUACAAUAGUCUUCCAGAAACAGAGAUUCCUCAUUUCGGUAAACUGGUAAAUGAAACUGCAUGUACAUAUUGUACCUAAAAAUGUUUUGAUUAUAAAAAUGUAUACUAGCUAUACAAUGUACAUUGAUUGUAUUGGGGUUAAAUGAAUUAUUUUUGACAUUUACCAUUUCUUAUAUAUCUGAAUCUACGACAUACAAAAGAAAUUUAUUGGAGAGAUACUAUUUUUGCUAAAAUACUUCAGAGUUAUUGCAUGAUAAAUCUUGACUGUGUAUGUUGUUGGUUUAGAUAUUAACGAUUAUUUAUUCCGCUUUCCAGUAGUUUAGUUUUUUUUCUGCAUAUGAUUAUUUUCCUGGAAUUUAUAUGGGUACUGUUUAAGUAUAUUUUCUCCUACUAUUCUGAAUAUUUUGUACAUAGGGAAUUCUUUUAUAUAUUAUGUAUAUGUUUUUUGACUAUGAAUUAGAUAAUAAACUUUACCCCAAAA